AUGGAAACUCUCGACUGGUCGAAGCUCCCUCUGGAUAUCCUCAGAUCUCUGUUUGAGCUUUUGAGUUUUGUGGAUUUCCAUCGAGCUAAGAUGGUUUGUUCCAACUGGUAUCAUGUUUCGAAAGAAACAGUCCCCCGGAAAAGCUUAUCUCCAUACCUAAUCCUUUUUCCAGACGACACUACUGAUUGCUUGCAAUACAAGCCAUACGAAAAAGACAUAAUUUACACGAGAGCAGCUCCGAGUCGAUUGCUUGCAAGUUGCGGUAAAUGGUUGCUGAUGAUAGAUUCUCGAUCAAGAUUGUAUAUUAUAGAUGUGUUUAGUGGGAAUAAGAUUGAUCUUCCUCCAUUAGAGUCGCUCCUAUCAAACGACUAUGCUCUGAAAGAUAGAGGAGAUAAGGAGUUUGAAUGGGAAUCAAGUGACGGCUCUGUUUACAUAUUAUACGCCGAUGAAAUUAGGGGACGUUUGUGGGUAGACGAGAAGACAGAUGAGUUGGCUUUGGUUUGGUUCUUUGACUCCCCUCCUUGUUUUUUAGGGUUUUACAAGAAAGGCAAUGCUCAUUACGAUCUCAUUCCCAUUACUUAUGGUAUCCCCAAGGUGUUAACUGGAAUGCUCUCUCUGGUUCUUCGGGGUUACCGUCUAUACAUCUUGACGCUGCGUCGUUUCGUUCGAAUCAUAGAUUUUUCUAGGCAGCAUGGUUUCGAAGAAGUCAACACCGGCGGCACCGGGAGUGACCCAUCCCCAAAGUUUCCUCCUCCCGAAUGUAAUUGUUAUUUUAGCAUCGCUAUUACUACAGCAGGUGAGGUUUUGUUUGUCACAGAAACAAAAAUGGCCUUCCGUAUUUACAAGAUGGAUCCUAAUGCUGAACCAGAUGACAACAUGCCUGAUCUUCUUGACGUAGAUUCUCUUGGUGAUGAGGCUUUGCUUCUCGACUUGGGUAUUACCGUCCCUGCUAACCAUACCCUUAGUAUCAAACCAAACUCGGUAUAUUUCACUCAUCAUAACCUUAUUCGCUCCAACGCCAAUUGGAACAAACCCGACAAUUUCCUGCCACCUUAUGUUGUGGACAUCUGUGUGUUCAAUCUUUCAACCAAGACCCUCGAGCCUUUCCCUGCUCCCUCCAACAUGACUCUCAAGGAUGCUCGAUGGAUUUUCUCUUGA